AUGUCGUUGCAGGCGCACUCGCGCAAGCGCAAGUCCUCGUCGUCGACCCGUCGUGCUGGGCGGACAAACCAUAGUGGAAGUGGAAGCAAGGGCGGGACGGAGCAACAGCGACUUCGCUCAAAGAAGCUCCGUGCACAAAUGAAGGAGCUGUUCAACACUCUGGGAUCGGUCCUUGGUUUGCAUCCCAAGGAGACCGUCAAGGUCAUCGUCUCCACCGCCAUCGACACGGUCGAGGAGCAGUCGAGCCGCAUCAAGGAGCUCGAGUCGGCCCUCGCUGCCGCAAAUGCUCGCAUCGAGCGCCUUGGUGGCGGAUCUGCUGCAGACUCGAUCACCUUGGACUCGCUGCGGAUGGACCCAAGUACCAACAUGCUCGGAAUGGCGGGCGGCGUCGGCAGCGUCAGCGGCGUCGGCGGCGAGCGGACGACUCCGUACGCGUCAGUCUCGCCGGAGCCGUGCUCCCCCACGACUCCGCACUCUCUGGCCUCGACUACCUCGGUGGACCGGGCCAUGUCGUCGGGCAAGGGCUCCACCCCGCCAACUCAUGCCGCCGCUGACCGGAGUCUAGCCCCGAUGGGCGCCGCAUCGCCCACCUCGCCGCCCUCAAGCUCGACUGUCAAUCCGCAGCAGGUCUUCUCCUCGUUUUCGCUCCCCAUGGACAUUCCAGGCUUCCAGCUGCAGAUGGAUGAGUCGGGCCUCCGCGUCGGCGCCGCCACCGAGACAAAGCCCGGCGCCGCCGCCACGUCGUACACCCCCGAGCAGAUUCUGGAGCUGCACAAGCUGCACUCGCUGCACCAGCUCCAGCGCCUGCAGCUGUUGCAGCACCAGAUGCAGGUGCAGCAGCAGUACGAGCUCGCCCAGAAGAUGAAGGCCAAGCAAGCUGCAAGCGUCCCAGCCGGAGACCCGACUGGCGGCGGCAGAAAUGAGUCUGCGGCCGGCGCAGAUGGCUCGCUGUCGGUGAAGGAGCGCCUCUCACGCCGUCGCCGCCGCCGCCAUUCGCGCUCGCAGUCGCGAUCAGGGGUCUCGACACCCUCAGUCUCCAUCUCGGCCUCGCUCUCCGAGGGCUCGUGGUCAGACUCGCUGGCGGGUGUGUUCUCGUCCUCGAUCUCGGCCUCGCUCUCACGGUCUGACGAGGAGGACAACGACGGGUACUCGUACUACUCGUACGGUGAGUCGUCGGCAGACGAGGGCGGGGCGGAUGGCCACAGCAAGCCAACAGGCAGCUUGGACGAGACAGGCCCGUCCAUCACGGCCAAGUCAUCAAGUGGCGCGGCGUCUACGGCACGAGUCUCGCAUACAUCACGCAAGUCGUCGCGCAGCAAGAGCCAUCGCGCCCUGCCCAAGCUCCCGCCGCACGCCGCUGCUGCUGCCGCUGCCAUCAACUCUGGCUUUGUCGCCGAGGUCAAGUCCAAGUCGAAAGCAUAG